AUGCGCAAAACCGCAUGUCGCUCUUUGUUUAGUUGGGAGCCCGUGAGCAACCACCUGCCCACUACCCGCUUCCUUCACUAUCACGAGAAGAUGACUCUCACCGUCGCCUAUGACGAUCAGAAAAAAAGGACGCCUUCUACGACCAACUCCGCUCCCUCCAGAACAACAUUCGGUACAACUGAAACCGUCGGUCAUCUCAAACUGUUCGUCUUUUUUCAAACCGUCGAUCCUCUCAAACUGUUGAUCCUCUCAAAGCGUCGGUCUUUUGAAACCGUCAAUCCUCUCAAACCAUCAGUUCUCUCAAACCGUCAGUUCUCUCAAACUGUUGGCCGUCUCAAAACAUCGGUGUUUUCAAACCGUCGAUCCUCUCAGACUGUUGCUUCUCUCAAACUGUUGGUGUUUUCAAACCGUCGGUCUUCUCAAACCAUCAGUCCUUUCAAACUUCCUCUCAAACUCCUCUCAAAGUGUCGGCCUUUUGAAACCGUCGAUCCUCUCAAACCAUCAGUCCUCUCAAACUGUUGGUCCUCUCAAAGUGUCGGCCUUUUGAAACCGUCGAAAGUCCUCUCAAACCAUCAGUCCUCUCAAACUGUUGGUCCUCUCAAAGUGUCAAAACCGUUGAUCCAAACCAUCAGUCCUCUCAAACUGUUGGUCCUCUCAAAGUGUCGGCCUUUUGAAACCGUCGAUCCUCUCAAACCAUCAGUCCUCUCAAACUGUUGGUCCUCUCAAAGUGUCGGCCUUUUGAAACCGUCGAUCCUCUCAAACCAUCAGUCCUCUCAAACUGUUGGUCCUCUCAAAGUGUCGGCCUUUUCGAAAACCAUCGAUCCUCUCAAACCAUCAGUCCUCUCUCAAACUUUGAAACUGUGGUCCCUCUCAAAAACCGUUCCUCUCAAACUGUUGGUCCUCUCAAAGCGUCGGUCUUUUGAAACCGUCGAUCCUCUCAAACCAUCAGUCCUCUCAAACUGUUGGUCCUCUCAAAGUGUCGGCCUUUUGAAACCGUCGAUCCUCUCAAACCAUCAGUUCUCUCAAACUCUUGGUCCUAUCAAACCGUCAGUGUUUUCAAACCGUCUAUCCUCUCAAACUGUUGAUCCUCCCAAACCGUCGGUGUUUUCAAACUAUUGGUCCUCUCAAACCUUCGGUCUUCCCAAACCGUCGAUCCUCUCAAACCAUCAGUCCUCUCAAACCGUCGGUCUUCUCAAACUGACACUCUUCUCUGUCUUACAAAUUUUAUAA